UUUUUAUUUUUUUUAAUUUUUUUUUCAUAUCCGAAAGGUUCCUUGUGCAGGAAGGGGCCUGAAGAUGGAACCAUCUCAUGGGAUUUGGAAAGCUUUCCCCAAAGUUAAAAGGGCCCGAGUUCAAGGAAAGGAUUCCCCUCCUUUAAAGAAGAAAUCUGCUGAAUAUGAUGUCACAGGAAAUACCUUUAAUGGUACCUCAGUGUACAUCCUGCCUGCUGGAAUAGGAAAUGCAAGAUGUCAAAUAUUCCAAAGACAAAUUCAACGGAAUGGAGGCCAGACAGAGAGGUCUCUGUGUGCUAGUGUCACUCAUGUUGUCGUCGAUGACAAUAUGGAGUGUGACAGGGCUCUGCGUCUCAUCAAGGUAGAUGCAAUGCCUUCUGGAGUCCGUCUAGUGAAAUGCAGUUGGUUAAGCUCGUGUAUCAGUGAGAAACAACUCUUGGAUGAAUCAAGCUACAGUCUUUUACCGAAGAGGGAUUCUGAAACUCAACUAGAAAAAGACUUGCUGACUGACAAAUCCGCUGCUGAAAUGCUAAGCCCAGCGUGUGAUCAAAGCAAGCAAGGGGAGACAUUACAUUUGAGUGUAUCCGACAAAGAAGAUAUGCAAGGAGAAGAAGAUGGAGUCUGUCAGAGUCACCUGGAAGCCCUCAUCACAGGUCAAUGCCGCAAAGAAGAUGCCCCUGGGUCCAGCCUUGAUCCUGGUCGAGACACUACCACUCAUAUGGUGGUCUCAGGGAAGUGGGUCUGCGCCCAGUCUUCUCAGUCCAAAAGUAAUAACUUCAACAAGCACAUCACCGACAAAUUAGAACAACUGGCUAAGGCUUAUACACACCAGGGAGACAAGUGGAGGGCUUUGAGCUACUCCAAGGCUGUCAAUGCAUUAAAGAGGUAUCACAAGGCGGUCACAUCGUAUCAGGAGGCAUGUGUCAUCCCAGGAAUUGGUAAACGCAUGGCAGACAAAAUUGAUGAAAUCAUGGAAAGUGGUCAUCUGCGCAAGCUAGAUCACAUUGGAGAGGCUGUGCCAAUAUUGGAGCUUUUCACUAACAUUUGGGGCGCAGGAACAAAAACAGCACAGCUUUGGUACCAACAGGGAUUCCGCACUUUGGAGGACAUUCGCACAAAAGCCCACUUGAGCAACACUCAGAAAAUAGGACUCAAGCACUACAAUGACUUUCUAGAUAGAAUGCCAAGGGAAGAAGCUGCAGCCAUUGAGAAAGUGGUGAGGCAUGCAGCCCAAGAAAUUGAUCCCGGCCUGGUGGUAAUGGCAUGUGGCUCGUACCGCAGAGGAAAGAGCACAUGUGGAGACGUCGAUGUGCUGAUAUCACAGCCUGAUGGAAAGUCCCACAAAGGUGUAUUCAGCAACGUGCUCCAGAGCCUCCAUGACACUGGCUUUUUAACAGAUGACCUAGUGAGCCAUGAGGAGAAUGGAAAGCAGAAGAAAUACAUGGGCGUAUGCCGCUUGCCAGGACCAGACCGCCGUCAUCGCAGGCUGGAUGUCAUUGUAGUGCCCUACAAUGAGUUUUCCUGUGCUCUCAUGUAUUUUACUGGCUCUGCACACUUCAACCGCUCCAUGAGGGCCCUGGCAAAGACAAAGAACAUGAGCUUGUCAGAGCAUUCGCUUAACCAAAGUGUGGUGCGUCAAGGUAGUGCCAAGGUUUAUGCUGGCACUCCACUACCUACACCCACAGAAAGCGCCGUUUUUAAUCAUUUGGGUAUACCAUACAGACAGCCUUGUGAAAGGGACUGGUGAUGGUUUACAAUUGCAAUGCUUUUGUUCUUUUUAUAAAUUUAAGGCAGUUGAACUCUCUUCACACUAGACUGAGUAGAAAGUUGAUCUUAUUUGACAGUUCAAAGGGAGCGCCAACACUGAAUCAUCUGCUGAACUACAUAUACAAGAAUGCACAAAUGUCAAAUACUGGCUUCGCAAGCUGAGUUUGAAAUAGCUUGAUAAACAUGCAAAUAAAACAUUAAAUUUAGGUUUUAUCUGUACACCAUUUUCCUGAGCUGAUAAAAUGAAAUGUAAAACCCUGUUGCUGCCACUUGAAAUUAAACAAGUAAUCAUGAAAGCUUUCACUAAUACAAAUUGUUCAACAAUGAAUGGAAUGUUUUAGACUUCAUGUACACACAGUAGGAAAUUGGUGAAAGAGGUGCUUAAAUAUUGCAGCUGCAUGCAUCCCUAAAAAAACUUAAUUUACAGUACCACCAAUUGUGCAAGUUCUCCCACUUAAAAAGAUGAGAGAGGCCUGUAAUUUUCAUCA